AUGCGCUUUCCCAAAGAAAAGCCCAUAAAACACUUCAUAUAUCGUAGCGCGAUGUUAUCGUCGGCCCUCGCGAUGAAAAAAUUUUCGCUUGAAAGGGAGCUUUCCGAAUUAACAAGUCUGUCGUUUCAGCUAAGCAACUCUGAGUGGAACUCCACUGACUCCUCACUUCAACCUUUUCGUGCGUUGAAGCUGAAUGUCGCAAAAGAUCCAUCCUUGCUGAGUGUUUCGUCACUCCAUGCAUUGAUGUUUUCAACCCUCUAUCACAAAUUUGAUUCCAGUCUUACACGCCGUGAGGCGGUGUUAAUUGGCGGCUUGUCUGUUGCUGGGAAUCGGUGUGUUCGGCUAGUCUUGUCACUUUUCGGGAAUCCAAACGUUGUGUGUCUCGACCCACUUCACUCUUUGGACACUGAAUACUGUGCUUCCAACCACUCCAAUGGAGCUCAGCUUAAAAUAGCGGCACUACUAAUCAAUUCAACGACAGCGAGUCGGCAGCACGACAAACAGUCCUUGAUGAAUGUGCUAGACGAGGUGGGCAUCUUACCGACGCACGUUUUGGCGGCGCUUCUCUCGAUUCCAGCUUCACCCGAAUUAUUAGGGCUUCUCGUAGAUCAUACCGUAAUGGCAAACGGAGGCCACCUUAGCGCGUCUCUUUUUUCGUUGCUUCUGGGGUCACUUUUAAGCAAUGAUAACUUUUUCUCAGCGAAGUAUUUUGAUGCGAUGAAUACUGUGGUUCGCAAUCACAUUCUUCCCCGUAUCGGUGAAAGUCAUGCUUAUUUCGACUAUGUAUCGAUUCGAUGGACCCCGUUAAUGAACAAAUGGGCACGCGUUUACGCAAAGAAAGUAAAGGGCCGUGAGCUCUACGAAUGCUAUACAAUUCUCCUCAAGAAGGCGCCCGCAGUUGAAACAAAGCUUCCGCCUAGCUUCUACGUCCGCCUCAUCGGAUUAAUCAUGGAUUGUGGAGUUGAUAAAGGAGCCACAGGAUUUCCGUCAUCACAAGAUUGCUGGAAGCGUCUUCGAGAUGUGGCGGUGCAAGCGAUCCGACUGUUUGGUGGCAAUCCGAAGGACCUGCAUGCGGUCUGGAUGGUGCUGCUCAAGGCGGCGCUAACAUUGGAGCCACUUAGUGAUGACUGGCAGCGUACACUAGAGGCCUACCAUAUUUGUGCGCAGUCUGGACACCUUGUGAAGGUAGAUCGGGGAGCUUUUCUGCAGGUAAUCAGAUUAGUCGGUGCGGUCAUUGCAAGGCAGCCACUAGAUGCCGUCGAGACGACCGUUAGCAAAUUUGUAGAGUUUUUACAAGAGCAGCGCAACGCUAGCUUCCUGUGGAUAUUAGACGGUGUAGGGGCUUUGCUAAGUGAUUUGUGGAAUGCACAUGGUGAAGAUGCGCGCCCACACGCAGUCCUCCUACAGGAUACAUUACAACAACUGCUUAAAGAUCGAAAUGUUGCCGGUGUAACUCUUGAAAACAACCCCACAAUUAAGCGGAUGUUGGAAAAGUUUUCCGUCGGUGAGGCUACACCAUUUUGGUGGCAGUGCGGCUGCGGAGCUGAGCUGCCUGCCUCCUCCAAGCGGUGUGUCUCCUGUCUCCGGAGUUCUACCAACAAGAUAUCAUGGACGUGCGCGGAGUGUGGGGAACGCCAUUAUUCGCCUUGCCACUGCCAGAAGUGUAAGUGUGGCGUCGUCAACCCACGACAAAACAAAGCCGCCAAAAACGGUUACACCCUGUGCAACAACUGCGGGGAGGCGCUUCCGCAAGGCAACACGUCCUGUCCACGUUGCAAACGACACAAUGUCGACACCUCACGACAAGUGGCGUGCCGGCGGUGUAACUUCUGUCAUGGUGCCAAUGAUCUAUAUUGCCCCUCCUGCUUCAUUGUGCACGACGAACGCCCACUUCAAUUAUGGCAUUGUGCUGCCUGUCACGAGUACAACUACUCAACUUGGUCCACAUGCCAGGGAUGCCGUGCAACUCGGAAGGCGCACUGUAUCAGAGUGCGUUUCCUGCCGUGGCUCUGCGGCUGCGGGUCCCAAAACCAUCCAUGCCGGCUGGCCUGUGGCACUUGCUCGUCCUGUGCCCCCUCGGUAGGCGGUAAAAAAUCGACCCCAGGCGCCCCUCUUUCGCCCUCUUACACUUGCGUGACGUGUCAGAAGAAGUGCUCCAUCACAAAUAUCACGCGGGACAUGAUCCCUUCCGGGGACUCUUCGCUUCAGAUUCACAUGUGUGAGCACUGUAAAGCUGUCCACCCGCGUGACCGUGUGGUGAUCUCUGCGUCCUCACUGCCGCGGCAUUGCAUGGUCUGCAGCUCUGUGGUUGAUCGGCAUUUGAUUUCGGUGAACGGAGAAUUCAGCCAUUGUGGGACCCUUCAACGGCUAAAUGAGAAUAUCCCUUUUCGUUGUCUUCAUUGCGAUGGAACGACGCAUCUAUCCGUUGGCUUCCACUGCACCAACUGUGGUUGGCCUCGACCAGAGGUUGAGGAGGCGGAACUAGCAUAUUAUGUCUGGCAGUGCCUGAAGGAGCAUUCGUCGGACUCUGUGUGUUGUGGCGCGUGGAACUACAGCUGA